AUGGAUACUAGUUGGAUUGACUUACGAAAAGGGGAUACUCGUUAUUAUAACGGUUGCAUGGAAUUUUUAGAGGUUGCAAAGGAGACUCUUCUAAAGGGAAAAACUCGAUGCCCGUGUAAUAAAUGCAAGUUAAAUAAAUGGUUUGACUUAGGAGAGGUAGGAGGACACAUUUUAUUUAACGGUUUUUAUAAGAAUUAUAGGCAAUGGAUUUUCCAUCGUAGAGUUGAAGAGAGUAAUACCUUAGAGAUCCCUAAUGAUCAAGAAAAUGUAGUUGGUCGAGAUGAUAUAAAUGGGUUACUAAGAGCAGCUUUUAAGGUUGACAAUAGUCCACAACCCACCAAUGAACCCCAAGACCCAUCAUUAAGCGAAGCUGAUUUUGAAGAUGAAUAUUCGUAUGACAUGCAUGAAGAGUUAAAUUUUGAUUGUGAGGAAGAUGAUGAAUUUCCAUCAACCAACACCAAUGAAGAAGAAGCGAAGUAUAAACGACUUAGGGAAGCUUCUGAUGAGGGCCUAUAUGAGGGGAGUACAACUUUCUCAAAGCUGUCGUUUCUAUUGCACUUGUUUCACCUCAAGUGCAUGAAGAUAAUGAAUGAUUUGGGAUUGGGUUACGAGAAAAUCCAUGCAUGUCCAAAUGAUUGCAUGUUAUACUGGGGUGAAUUUGCAGAAAAAACUGAGUGUCAUAUCUGCCACACAUCAAGGUGGAAGAAUAUGAAAGAAAAGGAGGGUGAUGUAAGAGAGAAAGAUAAAGAAGCAUGUAAGAAGGGUGUUGCAGCUAAAGUGAUGCGGUACUUUCCUCUGAUCCCAAGACUAAAGAGGAUUUACAUGUCAUCUAAAACAGCAGAAGAUAUGAGAUGGCAUUUUGACCAUAAAGAUGGAAAUAUCAUAAGUCACCCGGCGGAUGGUGAAGCUUGGAAAUUGUUUGAUAAAAGAUACGAGGAAUUCGCCAAAGAUCCUCGUAGUGUUAGACUGGGUCUAGCAAGUAAUGGCUUUAAUCCAUAUCGUUUGAUGAAUACUAGUUACAGUACAUGGCCGGUGAUCAUGAUUCCUAAUAAUUUGCCACCGUGGCUUUGUAUGAAGUCGACAUCAUUCAUUUUGUCUUUACUUAUUCCGGGGAAACAGGGUCCUGGUAUGAAUAUUGAUGUGUACUUGCAACCACUAAUCCAUGAGUUAAAAUUGUUGUGGGAAGGUGUAGAUGCAUUUGAUGCUUAUAGCGGAAAAAAUUUCAAGAUGCGAGCACCCUUACACUCUACUAUAAAUGACUUUCCAGCAUAUGCUAUGUUGUCGGGUUGGAGUACAAGAGGUUAUAAAGCUUGCCCUUCAUUUGCCGAUUCUACUUAUGCGUAUAGCUUUGGUGGUAAAGUUGUCUACCCUGGAUGUCGAAAAUGGUUACCAAUUGACCAUCCUUAUCUUUCUCAAGCAAAUUUAUUUGAUGGGACAGAGAAACAUGGUCUUGCUCCGGUUCGUGUAAGCGGGUCAGAAGUUUUGAAGCAACAAGAAAGAGUUAAGUAUGUGUUUGGAAAGUCAAAAGUUGUUCCGAAAAAAAGAGGGAGACUAGAAGAUGAUGAACUUGAUGAUGAUGAUAAUGAUGAUAAUGACGAGGACGAGUCUAAUCCUGUUCUGUGGAAAAAGAAAAGUAAGCUUUUUGAAUUAGAAUAUUGGGAACAUAAUCCUCUUAGACACAACUUGGAUGUUAUGCACAUUGAGAAGAAUGUUUGUGACAAUUUCUUAGGAACUCUUUUAGAUAUGAGCAAGAGUAGAGAUGAUAAGAAUGCUAGAUUGGCCCUUAAAAAACUUAACAUAAAACCUCAUCUUUGGCCUCAAUCUCAUCCAAGUCCUGUUAACGACUAUUUGCCUCCAGCUGCAUACACCAUGUCUAAAGAAGAGAAAGAAAGAUUUCUUAAAGUCCUACAAAAUCUUAAAGUUCCCGAUGGGUGUGGAUCUAAUUUGCAAAGGUGUGUGAAUUUGAAGCAACGAAAACUUAUUAAUCUGAAAAGCCACGACAAUCAUAUGCUCAUGCAAGAUAUCCUUCCUGUUGCUUUAAGAGCAUCGAAUGCUACAAAAGUAAUUGAUGUGCUCGAUGAAUUGUCGUACUUUUUCAAGAACAUAUGUUCAACAUCUAUUGAAAGAGGUGAAUUAGAUACCAUUCAGUCGAAUCUUGUGUUGACUCUUUGUAAGAUGGAGAAAGAGUUUCUUCCAACAUUUUUCACAAUCAUGGUGCAUCUACUAAUUCAUCUAGUGGAUGAGGACAAACUCGGCGGACCUGUUCAUUAUAGGUGGAUGUAUCCCAUUGAGAGGUAUUUGGCCUUUUUGAAAUCUCAUGUGAGCAAUAAAGCGCAACCAGAAGGAUCCAUAGCUGAAGGGUACCUUUUAUGGGAAACAAUUGCAUUUUGUUUGAGAUAUUUAGAAAGUGUCGAGACCGUAUUCAACAGACCGAAAAGGAAUGAAGAUGGUGUUCCAGACAUCAACAACUAUUUAUAUGACUCUGCUGGUCGUGCCUAUAACCUAGAUGAUAGCACAAAAGAAGGAAAAUUGAGAAAAGCCUUGGCCUAUGGUUUAAGCAAUCGCGGCAAAAGGAUGAAAAGUGUUAUUAUCAAUGGCUAUAAGUUUGACACCGUGGACCGUGAGCGAUCUCGAAAGACUCAAAAUUCUGGAAUUAUGGUAGAAGAUGAUGGCCAAGAGUAUUACAGAAAACUUAAAGAAAUAUUAGAACUUGAUUAUUAUGGUUCUUUCAAGGUUCUAAUGUUUCGAUGUGACUGGGUUGAUGUACGGAGGGGUGUCAAAACAUACUCGAGCGGUAGAGUUCGUGUCAAUUUCUCAAAGUUGAUGCACACUGGAUGGCAUCAUGUUAUUAAGACUAAGCCUAGGGACUUGUUUGAUAUACCUGAUGAUGACGAUGAUGAUGAGCUUCUAAAUGAUAGUUGCCAACUUGCUGUCUGCGAAUCUCUAGAAUCAGAGGACUACUUAUCUGCCAUAGCUACACAAGAUGACAUUUCAUGUUGUUUGGACUUGUGUGAUCAGGUGGUCAUUUUGAGCUGGGAGAUUUUUCCACACAUGAUAUGCCUGAGCUACAAUGAUGGCUCGUGUUAUUUAGAUCUUCUUGACAAUGUUGUAGCUUAUUAUUUCAAGAACAGGAAGAGUCUGGUGAUGAUUUCUUACCCUGCUCUCCUUAGACCUUAG